UAAAGGCUAGCCUACCACAAAUAUAGCAAAUAAAAAAGUAGGCUACUGUACGGUAUUAUAUACAGACAUAAGUUCAUAAAUUUAAAUAUAAGGGCUAUUAUAUAUUACAAUAUAAGCCUAUACGUUACGAUAAUUAUAAUGACAUAUUAAGUAUAAUUUAUUCAUGCUGUCGCUAAUGAAGCCUAAGUAACUAAAUUGGCAAAGGAGAAAAAUAUUAAGGAAAGCACAGACUGCAUCGUUUGAACUGUAGGCUAUAGUUAGUUCGCUGUAGAGGUUUCACGUGACCAUAGUCCAUCUCGUGUUGUUGAUGUGGAAUCUUAUAUCUAUCUCUCUCCGUUUCCCCUCCUUCCCUCUGUUUCCGAGUCCGUCUGCUUGUAUCUUAGCGCAGAUGAAAGGCAGUGAGGGAAACUGAGACGGUCUCUGCGCGAGCGGCACUAUAGCAUAAUUGGAGCGCGUGAGCUGGCGUGAUGCGUCUGAGGGUAUCGGGUCACUGGCCCCUUCUAUCAGCCGGACCGAUGACAAGAAGAAAUGAGCCACAGCGAGCGCAGCGUCAGCUUUCGUGUGAAUGAACAAUUCCGCGUCAUUUGGCGUACCAGUCGCGCGGAAUCCUCGUAUUGAGCCGCAUUAUGUCCGGUGGCUCGUGCGCUGCGGGUGCCGGACGCUGUCUCGCGACGCUCGGGCUGCUGGUCCUCGUGCAGAUGCCCGGGGCCCUGACGUCCGACGCGGAGAGCGAUUGUUUGUCUGAAGACGACAAAGGAUGCGAAGGUCUGUCUGAGAGGAAAGGUGACCUUCACGUGUGUGAUGAAUACAGUUGUUCGUUCGGAGGGAUAUGCAGGUACAACGGAUCACACCUGGAGUGUCUUUGUCUGUAUCAGUGUCCGCAGAGCUUUGCUCCAGUCUGUGGGUCCGAUGGUAACACAUACCAUAGCGAAUGUUUCCUAAGACAAGCUGCCUGUGAACAGCAGACCGCAAUCACUGUAAUUACAGAAGGACACUGUCACGCCGAUGCUGAGUCGGCAUCAGGAGAUACAGAUCUGGAGAAUUCGGGACUGGAGCCCAGUAGAUUUUCCAAGUGUUCUAGCUGCAGAUUCGGAGCAGAGUGUGAUGAAGACUCCGAAGGCAUUUGGUGUGUGUGUAAUAUAGACUGCAGUGGAUACAAUUUGAAUCCGGUGUGUGGAUCGGAUGGACUGUCUUACAGUAAUCCAUGUCAGAUCAGAGAAGCAUCCUGCUUGAAACAAUCUCAGAUUGAUGUGAAAUACCUUGGACAAUGUCCAGAUUCAGUGGAUCUAGAGGGCGGAGUAACUGUGGGCGGAGCAAUGCCCUGUGCUGAAAUCAACAGCAGCUUUUGUCUGCAUGGAACCUGUGAGAUGAACAACGGCCUGGCAACUUGCAAGUGUGAUCUGGGGUUCUCCGGUGUGCAGUGUGAGCGAAGGGACUUCAGUGAAUUAUACGUGGUGCCCAAUGGACAGAAGCUUCAAUACGUCCUGAUUGCUGUAAUCAUCGCUGCUGUACAGAUCAGCAUCAUCAUCGCUAUCAUAAUAUGCAUCACAAGGAUUCAUCCGAAAAAGCCACGAGGUCGUCUUCAGAAACAGAACCUGGGACACUUUCCCAAAGAUGGAGGACGUAUGAUUGAAUAGCUGCUGAUUAUUUUAAUACAAACACAAAAAACUGCACAACUAUCUUUUUGACUUUAGUAUUUCAGUGGCCUUAUUUGACCCUAUCACCUUUUUUAUUUUAAAAUCUCUACAUUUCUCUACUUUUCUCUCCCCUUUUCUUGCCGUCUCUCUCUCUCUCUCUCACUUUCUUACUGGUCCAAAUGCAGUAAAUCCACAUGGUGAAAUGUUUAUAUUAGUAAAUUAUUACAUUUUAUGAACAAAAUGUAAGCGAGUCUUGCCAUACAAAACAUCUUAGCAUGAUACUAGUGUUUGAGUGUUUGUAUGUAUAUUUUUGAGGAGACUGUUUGCUAUAACUUUCAUAAAGUAUGAGAUUUAUGACUGGAGGACAAUAUAAUGGCCCUAAAAAUUCCAUACAUUUACACUGACUGAGGGCCCAGAAUUAUAUCAACACUUUGUGGUGGACUUUUUAAACUUUGGCCAGUAAGCAACCACCCAGAACACCAUUAAAACCACAUAGAAACAUGCAAAAAUAAAAAAAUAAACCUUCCAGAAAGCUUUAGCAACUAUAUACUAAAUACAAUAGCUGGGGGUCAGAGGUUAAAGCAAAUCAGAAAAUAUUUGUAAAGGCCAUAUUUACUAUAGUUUGUUGUUUCCUAUUCAUACUUUGCCUUCUAUCCACAUUAUAUUUAACGUAAGAGCGGGUCUGGCCAUUUUUAACGUGAAUGUGCAAGGUUUCCGGUGUCAGACAACUCCAGUUUUUUACCUGUAUAAAAAACAGUCCAAUAUGCUGCUUGAUGUUACAAACCAGUAUUUGUUAUUAUAUGUUUUUUAAUGUAUUAUUGUAAUCAGAAAUUCACUGGUCUAUUUACUGCACUUUGUUAUUCUUAAUUUUUUUUUUACACAUAGUGGCUAAUAUUGGAAGUCUCGCACAUUCACAGAAAAAAGUUUACUUUUACUUUUACUUACCACGUAGAAAAAUAAAGUUGGGAAAAACAUUAAAUAAUUUUCAUUUUGCAAACGUACAGCAGCACAAUCUGAAAACCAAGUAAAACAAAGCCUUUUCCAGUUGAAUCCCUCUAAAGCGGAUUUUCAUAAUGUGUGACUGUCAAAUUCUGUGCGUUUAUCAGUCUUAUAAAGUCUGUUUGUAAGUGACUUGCUUUUAUAAGAAGGUCUGUAUAAUUUUGCAUGUCAAAUCUGUAAACUCAGCAGACAUUUAUAAAGUUGGUUUAAAAGAAAA